GUUCCAUAAAUGCAGCUACCUAGCUUUCCCAUUUGCAUUUCCUCUUUACCCUUUCACCUUCCCAUUUCAAAUACAGCAAUGCAGCUACCGGAAAAAAGAGAUCCAAAGUUCUCUCUUGUACAGAACUUUUCCCCUAAAUGGCAUCCAAAUCCACCCUUCCCCUGUUUCUUCCCCUGCUUCCCCUGUUUCUGCAGAUUCUCAUUCCCAACUCUCAUUCUGCCCCUCUUUCUUUCGACUUCUACGCCGCCUCCUGCCCCGCCGCCGAAUUAAUCGUCGCCAACACCGUCCGAUCAGCUUCCGCCCAAGACCCAUCCAUCCCCGGCAAGCUCCUCCGCCUCCUCUUCCACGACUGCUUCGUCGACGGCUGCGACGGAUCCGUCCUCCUCAAAGGCAACUCAACCGAACGAACCGACCCAGCUAACCAAUCCCUCGGCGGGUUCGAAGUCAUCGACUCUGCCAAAUCGGUGCUCGAAAUCUUCUGCCCGGCCACCGUCUCCUGCGCCGACAUCCUCGCCCUCGCCGCCAGAGACGCCGUCGCGUUCUCCGGCGGGCCGGCGACCCAAAUCCCCACGGGGAGGAGAGAUUCCAAAUCCUCCUCGGCCCAAAGCGUCAGGCCCAAUAUAGUGGAUACAAGCUUCACGAUGGCACAAAUGGGCCGGAUCUUCUCCUCCAAGGGCCUGUCUCUUCUCGACCUCGUUGUUCUCUCGGGGGCCCAUACCAUCGGGUCGGCCCACUGCGGCGCGUUUAGCGACCGGUUCGAGUCAGAUUCCAAGGGGAAGCUGAAGCUCGUUGAUUCUGCCUCUCUCGAUCCUAAUUACGCGAGCGAUCUGAUUAAGAAAUGUCCCGCCGGCGGAGAUACGAACCCUAAAGUCACCGUCGCUAACGAUCCCCAGACGUCGAAUCUGUUUGAUAAUCAGUAUUAUCGGAAUCUGGUGGCGCGCAGGGGAUUGUUUCAGUCGGAUUCUGUUCUGGUGGACGACGAGAGGACGAGGAGAAUUGUGGAGGAGAUGGCGGGGGAUCAGGAGAGGUUUUUCGAGGCGUGGAGCGGGUCCUUUGUGAAGCUCGCUGGGAUUGGAGUGAAGACUGGGGAGGGAGAAGGGGAAGUUCGAGCUUCCUGUUCGGCUGUCAAUGGCGUGGUGUGAAAAAGCAGAGAGCCUCAAAUUGUGCAGUUUUCUGGUGUUUUUCUCGUUCUGGAAAAUUGAAAGUUAGUAACUUUUGCACAUAUCAUAGCUUGCUUGUAUUGAACGUGCUGGGAUGGAGCGCGUGCUGACGUCGAAGGAUUGUAAUUUUGCGUGUUUCGAGUUGUUAGAUUAAUGAUUGAACGAUGUUAGCUCGUGCUGAGUGGGGACUAAAUCGAAGAACAGGUAUCCAUGUGGGUUGGUUGAUUGAGUAUGAAACCAAUAACCCGCAGCAAAGAAAAAUAAGGCAAGGUAAUGAAACGAAUUCACAUCUUCCAAAUUGUCCUACGUUUUCCUCUUUUCUGCCUAUCAUGCAUUCAUGAAUAUGUUAGCCAUUUCUUUAUCCUUCCUCUACAAUUGGUUUGAUUCCAUUCGGAUUCAAGCAGGCUUAAAUUAACAAUUAGAACGAAACUUCUUUAUCAAGUAUCAAAUCUAGUUAAAAUAUGUUCAUAUUAAGUCGGAAAUCUAAACGAAAGGACCGAGGAAAUGAAGGUGGAAUGUUUCGAAGCCUAGUAGUCAAGUAGUUGGUACUUGGCAGAGGCAAAAGUUUUGACAAUUAUAAUACUUUUUAUAUUCUAUCACAAGUUUUACACUUUGUACAUAUCAUCGUCACUUGUAUCAAACAUGCAAGAACUAAGUGCGUGCUGACGUUGUAGAAUUGUAAUUUCGUCUGUGUCGAGUUGUUAGAUGAAUGAUGAUGUCAGCCGGUGCUAAGCGUUCUAAAUCUUAUCGUAAGAAGUGAAAGCGGGAUCUAAAUCGAAGACAGCCAUCCAUGUAGGUUGGUUGAUUGAGUAUGAAACCAAUCACCCACAGCUAAGAAAAACAAGGCAAGGCAGUGAAGUCACAUCUUCCAAAUUGUCCUGCCUUUUCCUCUUUCUGCCUAUCAUCCAUUCAUGAUAUCUUAACCAUUUCCUUAUCCAUCCACUACUAUUGGUUUGAUUCCAUUCGGAUUCGAGCAGGUUUAAAUUCACAAAUAGAACGAAACUCUUUUUAUCAAGUCUCAAUUGUAAUUACAAUAUCUUCAUAUUGAGUUAGAAAUCUAAACGAAAGGACCGAGAAAAAAUGAAGGUGGAAUGUUUCGAAGCCUACUAGUCAAGUAAUUGACGGAGGCAAAGCCUUGAGCUCUUGACAGUUAUCAGUGAAUUUGCCACUACGAAUUGUGCUGCUUUAUCGAAUCAAUGGUUUAAAGCUCUUCGUCCUCUCACGUGGAGUCAAGAUGAUGACCUGCUUGGUCUCAAUAGUUCUGAUAUCAUGUCAUAAACCGUUUUGAGUUUUCAUGUUCGACCGCAGUAAUCCGUUAUCAGAAGCAAGCUACUACAUUGGCCACUUGACCGCGUCCUGCCAGCUCAAUCCACCAGCUCAUUGUGGGCAAAUGGCAAGGAUGUCUUGUCCAAAGUAGGGUGAAGCAAAAGGAGAUUAACGUAGUACUGUUGUAAUUAGUUAGCAACAGAUAAUUGAUUGGCCUUUGUGGGAUCUCAAUUCUCAGAAAGGCCAAAACUGAAAUGUCAACUGCGCAAUCAUAGUUGUCUGUGUUGUAGAUUCCAGCUUUGCUUCCACCACUCACUCACUCACCAAAACUGUGGCCUACACAGCACAGCCGAUUAGUAUAUUCCUCCACUCCACACCUAUCAGGAUUCCCAACGAAAGAAAGAAAGAAAGAAAGGCAGUUCUCCAUCAAUCAAGCCGCCCCAUGGGCCAUGGCAAUGUCGAAUAACCCAGAUUCCGAAUGAAUCUGAUAUCUGGAAUAGGUAUCCGGCGUUUCGGGAACAUCCGAUAAAAUUAGAACUACAAC